AUGGUGAUACCCCGCGAGAAAGAGUUUUCUCCAUCAGCUUUCGGGGUCUAUCCUCGACCACGCGAGUUGCCAUCACCAGUUUGUUGCUUUCAGAUUAUGCAUAUUCGGACUGGAGCCAUGUGGAUCGCCUACGGAGAGAUGAUGUGGAUCACGAGUCAAGUCUCCUUUUGGGCGGCUCAAGCUGUCACUGGUGGCUGGAAUCCAAUGACGAUCUUGCUCGGUUUCCUCACCGUCAUUCUGCAGAUCAUUUUGGUCAUUCACUUGGUUAAAGGAAUUCGAGAGUUUCGCUUAUCAUUAUUACUCGUUUACAUGUGCGGGGUUGUGAUCAGAAUCGCGAUCUUUUUGACAUCUUUUUUCAGCCUUGCUUUCAUGUACUUAUUCGCUGGAGACGAACCGUCAAUAGCUCCAUACAUUCGCUUUGCUUACAUCACAAUGGCAUUUUUGUUAGUCUCCACUUUUUUGAAGAUUUAUGCAUUCUUGGUGAUUCGACGAUGUCACGAGUACAUUGAGAGGACAAAAUCCUUUUUCCGAACUCCCCAAGAAGUCUCCUGCAGUCAUUCACUUUCAUUUGGGAAAUGUGAAAAGGAUUGCUUAGAGAAGGUGUCCCUCCCGCGCGAAGCCCUCCCUCCCCUUCCGCCCUCGUCCACCUCCAUGCGUUUCCCACUCACCACUUGUCCUCCACUCAUUUCUUCACAUUCACUUCCCUCAACAACAUCUUCAAUUCCCCGCAGUCCUCUAAAUGGCCGCCUCGUCGAUCGUCUUUGUUCAGCCCAAUUACCCGUUGAUUUUCACCCGGAAAUC